AUGAUAAAAAAUUUAUUUAUACCUUUUAUUUCACAAAAAAAAAAAGAAGAAGAAAACCCGGGAUCAGUUGAAUUUCAAGUAGUCAAUUUCACUAAUAAAAUACGAAAACUUACUUCACAUUUUAAAUUACACCCAAAAGACUAUUUAUCUCAAAGAGGUUUACGUAAAAUUCUGGGAAAACGGCAAGGACUACUGUCUUAUUUGUUAGAGAGAGAUAAAAGACGUUUUGAAAAGUUAAUGAGUGAGUUGAAUACUCGGGAUUCACAAAUUCGUUAA